AUGGAUGUAAAUCCUGACAGUGACCUUCUACGUGUCAAUUUGCAUUCGAACGUCGACAACAGUCUCUUAUUCUCCGUUCCUGUCCACGCCAGAAUCGAAGCAGCCCGGCCCAGUCCUCUCAGGGAAGACGACGUUUCAUCUCCAGAAAUCUCUACGCCUCCCUCUGUUAGGGAGCCUCUUCCUCCAUCUACACAAUUAGAAGCUGGGCGUAAAAUUUCUUCUACCCAUACAGCCAUCGAGACAACAAGGAGUCACAUGGAUAGAUUUUGGCCUAACCCUAAAGGACUCGGUGGUUUAUCUGACUAUACAGAUGAAGACGAUAAAGAUUCGAUGGGAAGAGGUGCUGGAACACCCAUGAAUAAUCUAUUAGACCCCAGUGUGGGAAAUACGGGAUCUCAAUGGAAAAAGGGUUGGAAUCACCUUCCUGAUACCUUUGAUAUCCACCAGAAGCCCUAUGAUCCGAAACAUGCAGAGUUAUUUGGAUCUCAAGCUCUCAAGGAUGCUCCUGGAGUCCGAUCAUCAUCAUCCUAUCAGCGGCUCCUAUACCCCGAUUCGAUUGAUAAGUCAACUUUGAUAAAUAACCCUAUGGAUAAGGAGAAUUUUGUUGACAGGCCGAAUGCAGAUAGUGGUCUCAACGAAGGGUCCACUAAAUUAGCAGAAACUUCUAUAGAAGCCAAGGACGGUAUUGGCCUAAGUGCUAGUGGACAUCGUCCAGCUCUCGAACUCAUCAUGUACAUCCUCCUUGGCCUAUUUAUCCUUAUCGCUUUGAUCUUUGCUGUGAAUUGUGGUGCUAUGGUUGCGAGAUAUCGAUGGGAGCACUCCCAUGGAGCUAAAGAGAACUUGAGGCUACAACACCUCUCAGAACUAGCUAUGAGUAAUGUAAAUACAGAUUCAGCUGGGACAGGUGACUGUUCUAGCACCUCAACUGCUGAUCUUCAACCCAAAGGCGUUCAAAUUGACAAUCCCGAUGGAAAUAAAACUGGGACAUAUAAACGCUGUAUCAGCGCAUUCGCUACAUUUCGACGUAAAUUUGGCCCAAGGAGUUUAUCCCAACAACGGAUAAAUCGAGAUAGCGACUGGAUUUGGCUCGGUCGUGAUGCCUUGGCGGAGAGCCAGCACGAUGCGGCAGGUAUGAAUCAAUUGGAAUCCCGCUUGCUCACAUCUGCCACAUCCAUUGAUAUGUCAAAGAAUCAGAGUUUAACGAGGUCACCUCUCACACCAACCGUCGUUCCCUCACCGGAAUUUGGCACUAAAUCUCACCUGAAUGCCGUAUCAACACCUCAGCAACCGAAGAUGUCAUUGACUGGCAACUAUCAUGACAGUAACAAUCGAAAGACAACAUCGCAGAAAAACACUCUAUCUACCUGUGCAACCUGCCAUUAUGAGGGUGAUGAAUGCAGUAUUCGAAUUCUAACCAUUACUAUGGAACCAGAGAAUUCAAACAGUUCUGCAUCUAGGUGUUGCGUUGCGAGUGAUAUGAAUUCUUCUCAACACCUGCAUCUGCCAAGUACUGUGAAUUACCAGCAAAGUCAACUCUAUCGAAAUCGCCAUUCGAGGUAUUCUUCAUCAAACUGUCACAACCACCAGAUUCAGGAUCAACGGCGUCGAUCUGCGUUUGUGUUUGGCCAGUCCUUCAUCCUCGACCAACAGAAUCCUGAAUGGCAGUUUUCCGGUGAAAUCGGAGAUCUUCAUCGUUUUCAAAGUCAACGAUGCCGUUGCAACCGUGGUCUCGCCUCACCUUGGAGGUAUCGAGGUGAUCGUCAUGAUGACUCCAACAGAACUGUUGAUAAUGAUCCUGAGGCGAUUCUUUCAAUGCUGAAUGUUGAAGGUUACCAGACGCUACCCAGUCCAAUGCCUGUAUGGCAAGACGGAGCCAACUCCGUAACUCCGCCCUGUCCCCCACUUAGAACUUCAUCAAAAUUGAAACCUCCAAUGCUCUUGUCUUACUACGGAAAGCAAGAAACUUCUCCAAGUUCUGUGAGACCCACUAGUUUCCCUAAUAAGAAAUCGCAACAAAUGGAAUCAUUGCUAACCACAUCAGUAACAAAUGAGAUCUACUCUCUUCUUCCCGAUAACGAAGAGGAUGCUACUCUGACGCGUAAAGCCUCCGCCAGGUCCUACUGUCCGGUGAAUCCAAAUGCCUCUAAUCAAACUUACACCAAUAAUAAAAGCACAAUAAUUGAUCUACCUCGUCGAACACGCAGUUAUAGCCGAAUUUACAAUUUCGAACAGACUGCCAUAGCACCAAUGGAUAAUACGAUCAAAGCAACACCUAGAUUGCGCCGAUGUUCUACUCGUGGCCCUCUUGAACCACAAUCGAUUUCCGGUGAUAAUUAUCACCAUCGGAGUAUCUAUGCUAACUGUUUAGCUCUACCUGUUCCAACUGCAAAUGAAGAAGUUCAAUUGACGAUGUCAGAAUCACUUAGCUAA